AUGACCGACAUGGACAAACAGGGAUCCUCAAAAAAUGCAUGCCGCAAACAGAAGAGAAACAGCGCUCGACGUGCUCAGAAGAUCGAUAACAACACGCCAAAUCAGAUCGAAGGCUUUGAGUGUUCUUUGCCACUCGAAAGAGAAGAUAUCCAGAAUCUUGUAAUGAAAGAAAAGUCCCAGAAGAAAAAUGAAAAGAGAAGAAGAAGACGUCAGAAAGCGAAGCGUGCUGCCCAGGAAGCCAAGAUCCAGGAGCAAAACACUGAUCAGGGCUCAUCUCAAAAGAAAAGACGGAGACGCCAGAAACGCAGACAUGGUCGUCGAGCGAAAUGUCCACAGGAUUCAAAAGUAUUCUCUGCAGUCUCGGAGUCUGUGCAAAACGAAGAAGGGACUGUUAAUCAGCCACCACCAACUUUUGCGAUUUCCGUCUUAAGUCAGUCGUUCGUAUUGCGCAAUCGGCUCUCGUACUAUUUUGUUCAAUUAAGAGGCGAAGUCCCACUGUCCAAUAUUCCGCAGGCUGGAAAUUCACGCCAACUCUAUGUUUUGUUGGACAGAAGAUUUAAGCAAGCUCUCCCGGUCCAGCAUAAAGGUUCCACGGGAAGUAGUAACAGGAUUACAGAAGACGAGAUUGUGCGGUUGUUGAGAGUAGAAUCUGACGAUACGGUUUGGGCCAAGAUCAAUUCAAAUGCUUCAUGCAACUGCCGCGGUCCAUCCGACCCACCACCACUUUAUGCCAGAAAGGGAAAACAACAUUCCUAA